UAAUAUUUUGAAUUUGGAAUCGUUUGUUUACGUCGUGAUAUGGAUAUUGUUGAAAAUUAUAUCUUUUCUAAAAAGAAAGUGUUAAUGGAUGAAUUAAGAGGCCCAACUAUUCAAAUAGUCCUCAACGUGAAAGAAGGACUUGGUUUUGGUUUUCUCAAGAGCCCGUUUGUAGUUAGUGGGUCUUUAAAUGGAUAUAUGUUAGAAACGGAUCCCGUAGUGCCAUCUCAUGCACCUGUAUUUGAUGCUGAACUCGUGUGGGAGGCAGAUAAAAGACGAUUUAGGAGUUUGAGAGUGCAAAAUGUACCAGUUAAAAUUGAGGUGUACAUGACUGGCACACAGGAACGGAAAGUGAAAGUUGGCUAUCUGUUGCUGAGUCUUCUUGGAGCACAGCCAUGCCCCUCCAAUAAGGUUGUUGACUUAAAACAUACAUGGCACAAAUUGCUUGGUGUGAAGUCGGAGGGGAAAUGCUGUCAUCCACAACUCCUGCUAAGCCUCUCUGUUGAAGACAGAAUCAGCACACACACUCCUAGGAAUGAGCUGCGCAUUUUCCACAGUAAUGAAAUCGCGUAUCCAUCAGCCAGGUCGAACAGAAGCGCAACAUCUGCUUCUCGAUCUGUGCUUCUAACAUUAAAUGAGUAUAUGAUUGAAAGCAAGAAGACAGUUUCGUCCGCGGACCUCCAACCCAAACUGCUCUGUGACGAGGGCCUUAUACAAAUCGGCAGUGGGGACCAUUUGUUCGUUCUGGGGCUGAUGAUAAGUGCUGUGGAUAAUUUAGACUUGUUGCUGCCAUCAGAAACUAAAAAUAAGGACAUAAGUAAUUGCUGUGUCACCUAUUCUGUGUUUACGCAUAAUAUCAAUACGGACAGAGUGAAUGCAGUAUCUUCGAGCAGUGGUAGCAUAGCGCAGUUCAAUCAGCGGACAUCGCUGCGGCUCAGAACAUGCCUAUCCAGUUUGAGUCGAUACUUCGCAGAAUGCCCACAUCUUGUCACUAGAGUGUGUGUGGGCGACACAGAUGUAGGAAUAUGCAGCUCGGACCUCCGUAAACUAGUGCCAACUGACGACAUACACCAGUUCGUCAACAACUUUUGCAAUGAGGAAAGUGCGCUCACGAUACAAGAGAGAUGCUUCAUACUACGUUGUGACGACACGCUCGUGAAGGAAGACGGGAGGAGGCCUUUCAUGGACGUGGAGUUGAGUUUGAAGUAUGUUGGUGUGAAGAGUAAUUUGCAGCCUUUUCAGAAGCCACCAAAACUCCUGUCAGCAAGAAGCGCGACUCAGCUCAAGAGUGGAAGGGAAAAGGGGGAGAUAGACAAGCAGGGGAUCUUGGACUUUAGGAGUGGAAGCUGUACUAACCUGGACCAGGAUGUGGGCGGCGUGGCCUAUACCAACAUGGCUCCUGGAAACACAGCUAGAUACAAAAACGCAUCAGGCGAUGUGGUCCUCCAAACGAAUGAAAUAACGGAACUUAUAAAGAAAAUGUGCGACUCCUUCGCUCAAAGCCAAGAGCGUUUACUGGCGACGCGACCAAAGACAACCAGUGACCAACAAGUGCAGUGCGAAACCACACAGGAAAAUGAAAACACGAAUCAUGUUGAAAGCGAGCUCACAAAAUUAGCAACAAGUAAAAGCGAUACGUGCAUCAAAAGUGCAGAGAGAGAUAAUUUAAGAUCAGCGCUCUCGCCUGAAGACAGGGACGCGUUACUGCAGAAGUAUGUCGACGAGUUGGAAGACUGGAAGGAGAGGCAACAGCAAUUAUUUAAACUGCAAUUAAAACGCAAAGAAGAUUACCACCUGGACCAGCUCGCUAAUGAAUGGAACAAGCGCAGAGCAGAGCUAGAGAGCAAACUGAGCAAAGGCAUCGAGCAAUGUCGGAACCUUGCUGCGGAUUUGAGUCGCGCGACCGAAGACUUUAGACUGAGGGGGUUCAGGAACACCGAAAGAGAAAGAAAGCUUCUAGAUGCCAAGAAAGCGCUAGAAGCGCAUUACACGGCUAAGUACCAGGAGUUAAGAGAAGCGUCGCAGAAGAUGGAGGCCGACAUGAACCAUCGUCUCACGCUGAAGGACAUGGCCCUUGAAGAGAUGCAGCACAAGAUUCACUUGCUGGAGAAACAAAACGCUGUACUCCAGAGUAAUCUCAAAAACUCAGAAAAGGAUGCAGAAAGCAAAUACUCUGGCUUAACGAAAGAUCAAACAGCUAGUCUAAUACAGGAAUUGCGUUGCCUGGAAGAGAAGCUGGACAGUGCAAUACAGUCGAAGUCAUUCUUCAAGGAGCAAUGGGGCCGCGCGGUGCGCGAGCUGCAUCUCACCAAGCUGGGCGCGCGCUCGCGCAUGCUCGCCGAGCUGCGCGAGCAGAGGCGACUCAUAGCCGACAACAAUUUGGAGCCCAUCGCUGACCUAGAAGAGAGUAUAGAUCGGACAAAAAUGGACAUAAACAAGCUGAAAGAUGAUUUUUACGUCGACAUCAUUACCAAAACUCCUCUCGAGUCUCAGUCGAUUAUAAGUAACGAUUUGAUGGACUUAUAUGAUGAAUUGAAGAUGCCAAAAAAUCCAACAAAUGAUAGGCUAACCGAGUUGAUAUCGCAGCGAGACCAGCUGAUACAGCAGGAGUCUCCGGACGAAGAUACGUUGAAACAACUCAACCACGACAUCCGGAGCAUGCUCAUACACUGCGGCAACUGAUGCAUUAUACUACUUACACAUUACUUCUACUACAAUACUACUACUGAUAAAAUCACAACAAAGGACUAGCGGGGUGAGUUGAUAUUGCAACAAGACUGCCGACGAGGAUAUGCUGAAACAACUCAACUAGGACAUCCGGCGGGAACUGAUCUACUUGUGAUACACUACACUACUGAUAUAAAACUACUACUAAUGAAACACUACUACUACUAAACUACUGCUGCUGAUAAAUUACAACAUACGAUAAGCAAACCGAGUUGAUAUCGCAGCGAGACUAGCUGAUACAGCAAGAGUCUUCGGACGAGGAUACUCUGAAAAAACUCAACCAUAAGAUCCUGAGCAUGCUCAUACACUGUGGCAACUGAUGGACUAUACUACUAUUGAUACCUAUAUUACUACUGAUAAAUCACAACAAAUGACUAACAGAGUGAGUUGAUAUUGCAAUGAGACUCUCCCAUUGAGGAUAUGCUGAAACAACUCAACCGCGAAAUUCGGAGCAUGAUAUUUCCAUAAGUAAAUUGCCAUAAUAUUAGUGUGUGU